UAAUUAAUUACUGCGCCGGCAGUGACUUAUCGACGUAUCCAGGACCAUCCUUACUUCGCUUGCACAACUGCAGACUCGGAGCCUAUAUGCUUUUAGCAAAACAACGCGGUCCAUGCGCACCAUGACGGUGCGGCACUAGCCAACUUGAAGGAACUAUCUGUGAAAAAGAUGGGUAUUCGCAUAUCCGCCUCAUUGUUAAUAUGUGAUAUAAUAACCUCUGACGGUAUCAACACGAUGUUGACGUGAGGCGGCGCUUUGACGGUUAGGGUCCCCACUAGUUCUCAACCAGGGCCUUUAUUUGUCCUUGUCCCCCACAUUAUCAUGGAGACGUUAUAUAUCGUCUGUGGACUAGUGGUCCUCGUGGUUCUAAUAGCCCUUGGCGUCACCUUGUUCAAAGGCUCCCCGCCAGCGCAGCCACCAUUCUCGGGUGUAUGUUCACCAUCAGAUUCACCCUAUGUGCCUACUUCCUCUCAGCGAGGGUCAUACCACCGUCCAGCAAUCCGAUAUUUCCGGACCCCUUCGGGAUAUUCUACACUUCAAGCGCCUUCGCAGCCCUCGCCGUAUCAGCUUCAUCGCCUGCCGAGCACACAAUACCCCCCAUUAGCCACCACCACUCCUUCAAGUUUAUCUCGUGAUGCUUGGGUGCCCAAGCCCGUCUGUCACACCCCUCAGCAGCCACAUCGUCCUGUCACAAGAACGCCGCUGGUAGUGCCUGUGGUGAUCGACCCCCGUGAACGUCCUACUGCAAAAGCGCCGGAGGUACCUGUAGCGCGUGUAGUAAUUGACCCCUACGAAGAUCCUAAGUCUCUUCGUCUCAAAGCCACACAGGAGGGAGAUCGGAUGGGGAAAUACUUCAAGGAGAGGAACGAAGCGAAAGCUAGGAAUGACCAACAGCGCACUAAAGAGCUUACCCAGAGGGGUGAGGCACACAGGGCAAACAUGCUGCUCCUGGACAAGGAAGCCAGCGCAAAGAUAUUCCAAGAGAAUAACCAAAACCGCAGACAUGAAGUCGAUCUCCACGGACUCUAUGUCUCAGAAGCCGAAUCGUAUUUUGACACUUCUGUUCAAGGAGCUCGCGACCGCGAAGAAUCGUCACUUCGUGUAAUCGUAGGAAAGGGAAUUCACUCCGAUAACAACAUCCCGAAGAUCAAACUUGCAAUUCUGGCUCACGCAAAAAGUUUGGGAUUGCCGAUCGAAGUGGACCCUCGCAAUGAAGGCUGCCUUAUUGUAAGUCUUUGCUGAACUCCCUGAAUGUAAACUUUCUUGUGAUCUCCAUGUGCCUCGCAACUCGUGUACAUAAACUACUGCCCGCUUCUUUUCAUACCAAAGUCUGCUCAAGUGGGGAGAUGUACGAUUAACUAAUGUAAAUUCUGACAACAGUACAUAAUUAUAACUGCA